UAGAGAAAAUCACUCAUUUAAAUAUCUUCAUCAGUCGAUCAAUACCUGAAAAAAGAAUAAAAAAGGAGAGAAAAAUCCACCGGCAAAUACUAAGAUGUCCGCCGCCGCCGCCGCCGCCGCCGCCGUGAACCUCCCGGGCCACCGCCCAACGCCGCCGCCCGCCUCGGCCGCCCAGCCCGGAGCCGGGACGGAGCCGGACUCCGACCCGUCCGCAGCCCGCAAGCUCAAGGGCAGCGCCCAGCUGAACCGGUGGUCCAGGGCCCGCGCGAUCCGGUCCGGCCGGAAGCUGGACCGGCCGGCCCAGAAGCCCCAGGCGACGGCGACGGAGCGUCCGGGCCCCCAGGCGGCGCUGCUCGACGGGCUCUCGGGCGACGCGGAGGGUUCGACCGGGAGCUACGGCGACGAUCACGUGGAGCUGAUGGCGACGGCGGCGAAGCAGAUAUACGUGGUCUCGGACGGGACGGGGUGGACGGCGGAGCACUCCGUCAACGCCGCGUUGGGCCAGUUCGAGCAUUGCUUGGUGGAUCGUGGGUGUUCUGUAAACACCCAUUUGUUUUCUGGGAUAGAUGAUGUGGAGAGGCUGCUGGAUAUUGUGAAGCAAGCAGCAAAAGAAGGUGCAAUGCUUGUUUACACCCUUGCUGACCCUGAGAUGGCUGAAUCUGCAAGACAAGCCUGCACGCUUUGGGGCGUACCAUCCACCGAUGUCCUUGGCCCAAUCACUGAGGCCAUUGCUUCUCAUUUAGGUGUCUCUCCUUCUGGCCUUCCCCGUGGUGCGCCUGGGAGGAGCUUCCCUCUCACAGACGACUAUUUUCGAAGAAUUGAAGCGAUCGAGUUUACGAUAAAGCAAGAUGACGGUGCAUUGCCGCAAAACUUGCACAAGGCAGAUAUCAUCCUUGCUGGCGUUUCUCGAACUGGAAAGACGCCGUUAUCCAUUUAUUUGGCUCAAAAAGGUUACAAAGUGGCAAACGUGCCUAUUGUCAUGGGUGUAGAGUUGCCGAAGACUCUGUUUGAAGUAGACCCAGAGAAGGUAUUUGGUGUCACGAUCAAUCCUGUUGUCUUGCAAACGAUAAGAAAAGCCAGAGCUAAGAGCUUGGGCUUCAGUGAGGAUACUCGGAGUAAUUAUUCAGAGAUGGACUAUGUCAGAGAAGAACUGGAGUUUGCUGGGAAGAUUUUUUCCCAAAAUCCAGUUUGGCCUGUCAUUGAGGUGACGGGAAAAGCAAUUGAAGAAACCGCAGCUGUUGUUUUGAGGCUAUACCAUGACAGGAAGCAAAGAUGUUCGAUGCCAAGAAUCUCAAAGCGAUAUUAAAGAAAAGGAAGUCAACUUCCAAGUCCUCAUGUACCAAAUGGGAUGCUGAGGCUGUGUACUGCACCAAAAUGAGUCCUUUUCUGCUUGAGCUUUCGUUUCCAUAUCCGAGCAAAGGUUUGCUUUCAAAGCACAGAGUGAUCUGACUGUAUGCUAUCAAUUUAUGUGAAUUUCACCAACAAUUAUGCCCAAGCAUCAUGAUUGUUCCCAUAUGUUUUUCUUUCAAUAUAACCACAUAGUUGCUAGGGGAGAAAAAGCGUCGCCAAUGCUCCUGCUGAGGUCGUCAUCUUGUUGCUGUAGAACAAUAACUAAUAAUACCUACCUACAGAGUAUUUAAGCAUCCUCGUACGCUCAUGGAUGCAAGUUGUAUGUUUGUGAAUAGCGUUAAUAAUAUGUCUUUCAUUUCUUGAAGAAAUGAGGCAAUAUCAUUAAAAUCA